AUCCUCAUUUGAGAAAUUAAUAUAGUAACAAUGGAAGUUGCUCCAGCAGAUCAGAUUAUUAGCAAACACAUUAAUGCCGGUUUCCCAGAUGAGGAUGAUGUUAAUGGAGAUGAUGUGGCCUAUCAACUCAUUCCCUUUUUUCGUGCAUUCAAAGACGGUCGUGUCCAGAGAUUCUUCGGCACCGAUUUCGUACCUCCGUCCGACACCCCUCUCGGCGCCGGUGUCUCCUCCAAGGACGUUAUGAUCGAGCCCAAGACAGGUGUCUCCGCUCGCCUUUUCAAACCGGGCUCAGCCGUAGUCGACCCCACCAGUACUCAUGAGAGGCGCCGGCGCCUCCCCUUACUAAUCUACAUCCACGGAGGAGCCUUUUGCGUAGGCUCGCCCUUUUGCCCAACCUAUCAUAACUUACUCACCUCCAUCGUGGCCCAAGCUAACGUUGUCGCGGUCUCUCUCGACUACAGGCUGGCGCCGGAGAACCCUCUUCCGGCAGCCUACGAGGAUGCAUGGUCCGUUCUCAAAUGGGUCGCUUCUCAUGCCAACGGGCAAGGACCCGAUCCGUGGAUCAACGACUACGCCGAUCUGAAUCAGACUUAUAUAGCAGGGGAGAGCGCGGGUGCAAACAUUGCCCACAACGCAUCGGUUCGGGCCGGGUCGGAGGGGCUUCCAGACGGGGUCAAACUGGUGGGCGGGUGCCUGGUUCAUCCGGAUUUUGCGAGCAAAGAACGCGUGCUGACUGACGUGUGGGCUUUUGCUAACCCGACAUCAGUCGGGCUGGACGACCCGCAUGUGAACCCGUCGAAGGAUGCAGUUUUAUCGAAGAUUCCUUGGGAGAGGGUGCUGGUAAUGUUAACGGAGAGAGACUUCUUGAGGGCGGGCGGGUUGUUUUAUUAUGAGACGAUGAAGGAAUUAAGCGGGUGGGGCGGGUGUGUUGAGAUGAUGGAAACUGAGGAGGAGGAGCACGCUUUCCAUCUGUUUAACCCGACUUGUGAUAAGGCCGUGGAUCUCGUUAAGAGAAUUGCAUCUUUUCUCAACACCAACCGUGGCUAAUUAAUAUUAUUGUUCAAUAAUAAAUGUUAUAAGUCAAUCCUAUAUAUAUUAUGUAUUGAAUAAAGAAGAUAAGUCAUCGUGAUUUAGUACGGAAUAUAUUAUUGCUCAAAA